AUGAGUGAUCCUAACGUUAAUGUUAUAAAUCAAAAUAAAAUAAACGAAUCCUGGAAAAGAUCAUGGGCAUUGGUAAAUAUAGACAAAUAUCCUACUGCUGACCUUCAAUUCGAAUCCGUCCGAUCCUCUUUUCAUAGUGACCCUUCUCUUAUGGAUCAUGAACGCAUUCAUUUGAUCAACCGUCUCGAAAAAUUUAAAAUUCGUUGGAAAUCUUCCCGUAGAAACACUAGCACUGAUGAAAAACGUCAAUGUAAUAUUUGUCAAAGUUGGACUUAUUCCAUUAAAUAUUGUGAAUUUUGUCUUCAAGAUUAUUUAAAUGUCGAUUUCGGUAAUUGGACUUCAGGAAAUGAUGAAAUUGAUAUUAUUAUUCGUAAAAGUCAAAUGUGUGUUUCAUCUCCAGAAAGAAUUUUUAAAUGGAUACCUUAUGAUGAUUUCGAAAAAAUUACUCUUAAAACUAAAAGUGGUUAUGCUUCAAUAUAUUCUGCUAUUUGGAAAAAUGGUUUGGUUAAAUGGGAUUCUGAGAAUCUUACCCUUGAAAGUGUGGGUCCACGUUAUGUCGUUCUAAAAAAAUUGGAAAAUUCUAAUCAAAUGGAUGGAAGAUGGUUAGAAAAGAUUAUUUCUUAUUCUUGUAAUGAUGAAUAUGCGGACGUUCUUGUUGAGUGUUAUGGAAUAACUCAAGAACCUGGAACACUGGAUUAUAUUCUCGUCUUGAAUCAUUUGGAAUGUAAUCUAUAUCAAUUCUUAAUAGAACACGAUUAUUCACUUACAUGGAAACAAAAAUUUGAUAUUAUCGGUGAUUUGGCUUAUAAAUUAGGAAAAUUACAUACUGCUGAUUCAAUUCAUGGAAACCUACACUUGGGUAAUAUUUUAUUAGCUAGGCAAAUAGGAACUUUUUUUAUUAGUGAUCUGGGUUUUUGCGAACCAAUUGAUCAACAUCCUGAUAAUAUUUAUGGUAACCUUCCAUAUAUCGCUCCUGAAGUAUUAUAUAACAAACAAUAUUCAAAACAAUCUGACAUUUAUAGUUUGGGUUUAAUUAUGUGGGUGGUAUCUUCAGGUGAUUUACCUUUCAUCGAUCGAAAUCAUGAUGCUAAACUUGCUCUUGAUCUAGUAAAUGGUUUAAGACCAAAAAUUUCCGGUGAAAUUCCAUCUGAAUAUAUAAAAUUAAUGAUUCAAUGUUGGGAUGCUGUGCCUGAAAAUCGUCCUGAUGCUUGGGAAAUUAAUAAAGAAAUUACUAAAUUGCUUAAAAAAUUUUAUGAAAACUCUCCUAUUGAUUCUUAUAAAAAUAUGGAUUCUUUAAUUGCCGAAACUUCUAUAAUUUCUACUUGUUCUCAAGAAAAUGCUGAUUUAAAGACUUGCCCUCAUUCUAGCCAAUUAUAUUAUUUCAAAGACUUACCACUUCCAAAAAAUUCUACAAUCGGUAAUUUCUUUUCUAUCUUAUUACGUUACCUAGUUCUAUCAUUAUACUAA